AUGGCGGGUGUUGUUCCAACCGAAAUGUCCGCCAAUAGUCCAAGACGCACCGCCCAAUUUGCACGCAAUGCUCAAGGUGGAGCAAAUACGGAGAUGAAGACCGGAAUCCUCCAACUUGUUUAUGCAAAUCCAUUCACCGGAAUGGAUCAUGAGGAUCCUUUCGCACAUCUCACCAAAUUUUACGAGAUUGCGGGUUCAACAGGGGUUGAUGCGGUGAAUGAAGAAUCAUUGUUCAAGAGGCUAUUUCCACAUUCAUUAAUUGGGAAAGCUAAAGAAUGGUAUCUUGAUCAAUUACCAAAUGUGAUGACGGAUUGGAAUCUAUUGGAAGAGAAGUUUUUAGAACGAUAUUUUCCUCAAUCCCGAUUCAUGGAGGCCAAAACGGCAAUCGCGGUGUUCAACCAAGGAAGCAACGAAUCUCUUAAUGAAGCGUGGGAAAGAUUCAAAUCCAUGCUUAGAAAAUGCAAGGGUUAUCAAAGGCAACCUCCACCUCACAACAAUCCUUACCAAAGAAACAACCAAGGAUUCCAUCCUUCAAGAUUCAGCAAUCAACACUAUCAACAUCAAAGUCCUUAUCAAAGUUCAAAUCCACAAGGCCAAGGUCAACAAUCUCAAGGUGGAAGCUCAAAAUUGGAAGACACUCUUACACAAUUCAUGCAAGCAUCCAUGGCUAACCAAAGGAGCAAUGAAGCGGCCAUAAAGAAUUUAGAAAAUCAAGUGGGCCAACUUGCAAAGCAAUUGUCCGAGCAACAACCGGGAGCAUAUUUUUCCGCCAACACCCAAACCAAUCCAAAGGAGCAUUGCAAAGCCAUUAUUACAAGAAGUGGGAAAGAGGUGAAUAGUGGUGUAAAUGAAGAGUUUAUAGUGGAAGAUGAGGAGGAAGUAAUAGUUGAAGAUGAAGAGGAGGAAGUGAUAGUUGAAAAUGAGGGAGAAAAGAGUGAGGAGAAAAUUGAGGAAGAAUUAGCUGAAAAAGAGCGGAAAGAAAAAGAAGAAAGAGAGAAGAAUGACAAAAAGGUGAAGAGGAAUAAAAAGAGAAAUGAGAACAUGCUCACAAAGAAAAAGAAGUACACGAAUGAAGAGACAAUUGUGCUUGAUGCUCAUUGUAGUGCAAUUAUUCAAAAAACUCCCCCAAGAAAGGAAGCCGAUCCGGGACGAGUCAUUUUACCGAUCACCAUUAGAGGUAACUACAUUAGUAAUGGUUUGGUUGAUUUGGGGUCUAGCAUCAAUUUAAUACCUUUAUCCGUUGUCAAGAGAUUGGGGAACAUUGAGAUGAAACACACCAGGAUAACUUUGCAACUAGCCGAUAAGUCUAUCAUUUCACCAUAUGGAGUUGUACAAGACAUGCUGGUAAAGGUGGACAAAUUUUUGUUCCCGGUUGAUUUUGUGGUAGUCGACAUGGAGGAGGAUCGUGAUGUGCCAUUAAUACUUGGAAGACCAUUCAUGAAGACCACCCGAAUGAUGAUUGAUGUCGAUGAUGGGAUUAUGAAAGUAAGGGUGCAAGAUAAAGAGGUAAUUUUUACUCUUUUUGAGUCUAUGAAGCCUCCUAAGGAUGAGCAUGACAACUUCCGAAUCGAUGAUGAAAAAGGAGAAAUCAUUGAGGUGGAGAAUCAAUUUCACAAGGAAAAGGACAAGGCAAAUCAUGAGGGAAAGACUCAUCACAAAAACUUUAAAGUUGGACAAAUGGUGCUUGUGUGCAAUUCAAGACUCAAGGUGUUUCCUAGCAAGUUAAAGUCAAAGUGGUCGGGGCCAUUUGUUGUGAAAGAGGUGCGAAAUUAUGGAGCCAUUGUGGUGGAGGACCCUAAAACACAAGAAAGAUGGACUGUAAAGGAACAAAGACUCAAAGUCUACCACGAUGGAUAA